CAUGUACACGUAAUUAUACACGUUUUGGCAAAUAAAUCUGGUCCAAUUGGGGGGGGGGGGUUAGGGGUACUGUAUGGAGUACCAUGGUUAGGUUAAAAAUCUGGAGGUUUCUUUUCCCCCUAAGUAUAUGCAAAUGAAGUUUAAGGUACCUAAUCCUCCUACCAAUACGUGUACAUAUACAUACACACAUGGAAGAUAUGCAAGGAUGAAAACUAAAACUGGGUAAUUGAUGGUAAGUUAAAAAGUAAAAGAAAAAGGUAUUGACUUUGCUUCUUUCUGUUUUAACCUUCGUGAUCAGAGUGAGGUACGCAGUAAACAUAAAGGGUUCUACUGGAUAAUGACAAGAGAAGAGAGAGACGCCAAAUACGCAUCUGUAAAUGAUCUAGGGCAACCCCUUGAAAAGGGAGAAAGGACAUUUUUAUGAUUAACAGUGGGGAGUUUUUUGGGUAUGGUGGUCAUCAUCCGAGGAAAAGUCCACCAGCAUCAGCCACUAACCAGCCGCCCCCAAAAAGUAAACGCUCAUGAGUUCUUAUUGUCCAUAAUAAAUAAUGAUAAUGACCAUAGUCUCCUCUGUUUGUAAUGUAUUGCCAUUAUAAUAUCAAAUGAUUCAAGUUGAAUCAAGAACGCAUGAAAGCACCCACUUUCUCUCUCUCCAUCUCUGUGUCUGUGGGGUGAUCACUCCAUUAAUCUCCAAUCUUGUACAAGGUAGUUCAGACCAGAUAAUGAUGUACUUGGCACAAGAUUUUUCUUCUUUAUGUUUACUUCUUCUUCUUCUUCUUCUGCUUCUUGCUUUGUUCUGAUGAUGAUAGAUGAUAAAGAGGUCUCUAUGGUUCCUAUAUCACCAACAUCAAGAGGAUUCUUCUUCUGCUUCCUUGUCUUGCUAUUGGUCUCUCUCUGUCAAUCAGCCUGCAACCAACAGGAUAGAGACUCUCUCUUGUCCUUGAACAUAUCAUCAUCAUCACCUCCCCUCCACUGGCCUUUCUCUACUGACUGCUGCCUAUGGGAAGGAGUUGAUUGUGCUGAGGCAGAUGGCCGGGUCACACAGCUUUGGCUUCCUUCUAGAGGUCUCACCGGGAGUCUCUCACCAUCUCUUGUAAAUUUUACUAGUCUUUCUCACCUCAAUCUUUCUCACAAUGACCUCUCUGGUCAACUUCCUCCUGGAUUCUUCUCAGCUCUCAAUCAUCUCAAAAUGCUUGAUCUCAGUGACAACAGCCUCUCUGGUGAGCUACCUUUGGAAUCUUUGUCUACUGAUAAUAACAACAUUCUCUCCCUACAGAUUCUGGAUUUGUCAAGCAAUCACUUUCAUGGGACAAUACCUUCUAAUUCUUUACUUCAGGCAGCUUGGAAUUUGACCAGCUUGAAUGUCAGUAGUAAUAGCUUCACAGGCCAAAUUCCUUCAUUCAUCUGUAUUAAUUCAUCCCUCACCACCUUGGAUUUGUCAGAUAAUAAUUUUGAGGGCCACAUACCCUUUGGGUUAGGCCAGUGCACCAAGCUGCAGAUUCUGCGAGCAGGUUUUAACAAUCUCUCAGGGCCAAUUCCCAGUGACAUUUAUAGUCUUGUCACACUUGAACAACUCUCUUUACCAGUCAAUCACCUUUCCGGACCCAUAAGUGAUGGCAUUGUCAACCUCACCAAACUCACCACCAUUGAGCUUUACUCUAACAUGCUUGAUGGCCCAAUUCCCCAAAAUAUUGGUAAGUUCUCCAACUUGCAGCGACUGGAACUUCACAUCAACUACCUCACCGGUCAUCUGCCUCCAUCUCUCAUGAACUGCGUGAAUCUUGUCACUUUAAAUUUGAGGGUCAACUUCUUGGAAGGAGAUCUAUCUUCAUUCAACUUCUCCACCCUUUUCCAGCUUAGCAUCAUUGACCUUGGUAACAAUAAGUUUGCAGGCAAGUUCCCUUCAACUCUGUACUCAUGCAAGUCACUAACUGCAGUUAGACUAGCCACUAAUCAGCUAGAGGGGCAGAUAUCAGAGGAAAUACUUGCCCUGCAAUCUCUCUCUUUCCUGUCAAUUUCCAACAACACGCUAACCAAUAUCACUGGGGCUAUUACGAUUCUAAUGGGUUGCAAGAAUCUUACUACUUUGAUUAUCUCCAAGAAUUUUAUGAAGGAACCAAUACCAGCUGAUGAAAACACAGUCGCCUCAGAUGGAUUCCAGAAUCUCCAAGUUCUAGGCCUAGGGGGUUGUGGUUUCACUGGUCAAAUACCCGCUUGGCUAGCUAAGCUCAAGAAGUUAGAGGUCAUAGACCUGUCCCAAAAUCAAAUCAGUGGUUCAAUUCCAAGAUGGUUGGGGACUCUACCAAACCUUUUCUACAUAGACUUGUCUGAUAACCUCAUUUCAGGAGAAUUUCCCAAGGAAAUCUCUGGACUUAAGGCCCUGGCAACACAAGAUGUUUAUGACAAAAUGGAACGGAGUUAUCUAGAGUUACCUGUUUUCGUCAUGCCUAAUAAUGUUACCAAUCAGCAGUACAAUCAGCUCUCCAGUCUACCACCAGCUAUAUAUGUCAGAAACAACAACCUCACAGGCAACAUCCCAGUUGACAUUGGUCUUCUGAAGGUUCUUCAUGUGUUAGAUCUCAGUAAUAACAACUUCACUGGCAGCAUUCCAGAUCAGUUAUCAAAUCUCACAAAUUUAGAGAUCUUAGAUCUCUCUAGAAAUCAUCUAUCAGGUGAAAUUCCCCCAUCUCUCAAAGGUCUCCAUUUCUUGUCUUCAUUCAGCGUUGCAAAAAACAGCCUUGAGGGACCAAUACCAACUGGAGGUCAGUUUGAUACUUUCCCUAACACCAGUUUUGAAGGGAAUCCAGGAUUGUGUGGUUAUGUUCUGCAGCGUCCUUGCGCUGGCCCACUAGAAUCAUCUCAUCCUACCACAUCUGUGAAUAGCUCAAACAUAAAACUUAUCAUUGGACUGGUUCUUGGGAUUUGUUUUAGCACUGGUUUGAUUCUCUCUGCACUGGCACUGUGGAUAUUUUCCAAGAGGAGAAUUAUACCAGGAGGAGAUUCUGACAAGAUUGAAAUGGAUAUCGUUUCCAGCAACUCUUAUUCUGUGGCUCCUCCAGAGGCUGACAAGGACACCAACCUUGUAUUAUUCCCAAAUACCAAUAACGAGUUCAAGGAUCUUACUGUAUCAGAGCUCUUGAGAGCCACAGAGACCUUCAACCAAGCAAACAUCAUUGGUUGUGGGGGUUUUGGUUUGGUUUACAAAGCAACACUCACAAAUGGGUCCAAGCUGGCAGUUAAGAAACUCUCAGGAGACAUGGGUCUGAUGGAAAGGGAAUUCAAAGCCGAGGUAGAGGCAUUGUCGACAGCGCAACAUGAAAACCUUGUUUCCCUGCAAGGCUAUUGUGUCCACGAGGGAUGUCGGCUUCUAAUAUAUUCCUAUAUGGAGAAUGGAAGUCUGGAUUCCUGGUUGCAUGAGAAGAUCGACGGUCCAUCCCAGCUAGACUGGCCAUUGCGAUUGAAAAUUGCAAAGGGGAACAAGUUGUGGCCUGGCUUACCUGCACCAAGUAUGUGAGCCACAUAUUUGUGCACCGCGACAUAUAGUCCAGCAACAUUCUUCUAGAUGACAAGUUUGAGGCACAUGUUGCAGAUUUGGAUUGUCACGGGUUGAUACUUCCUUACCACACUCAUGUACAACCGAGCUUGUUGGUACUCUGGGUUACAUUCCUCCAGAGUAUGGGCAAGCAUGGAUUGCCACAUUGAGAGGAGACGUGUACAGUUUUGGGGUCGUCAUGCUUGAGCUACUCACCGGAAAGAGGCCAGUAGAGGUAUUCAGGCCAAAGAUGUCAAGAGAAUUGGUUGGCUGGGUGCAGGAUAUGAGGAGUGAAGGCAAAGAAGAUGAGGUCUUUGAUCCCCUCCUAAGAGGUAAGGGUUUUGAUGAAGAGAUGUUACAGGUGCUUGAUGUGGCCUGCAUGAGUGUUAGCCAGAACCCUUUCAAAAGACCAACCAUCAAAGAAGUAGUUGACUGGCUCAAGAAUGUAGGCACGACCAAGACAAACCAAGAUAAGAGUUAACAAAAA